CUUUGACGAUAUUCAGCACUUAUUUUAGAAGCCGAUCCUUGAUCCUUGCUAUAUCCUGAUAAUUGGCUGAUUCUGAUGGAACUCAACGGCUAGUUGUUGAUUUCUCUGCCCACAUCUUCUGAAUUUGCUCCAAGUUGGCUUUCAGUGAUAACACAUUAUAUCCUGCAGGAAUGCUGACCCGAGUUGAGGCCGCAAACUUCUCGUUCUUACGCUCGAUUGGCGCAUUUAAGAGAUGCGUGGCUUUGAUAAAACCCUCCAGGGUGCAUCUCAUCCACAAGAAAACAUUUGUGGCUGCAUUUGGGGGCAAUCGUAAGGAACAGAGCGUUUUUCAAGGAUAUGUCCAGCCAACAGCUCCGCCAAACCCUCUUGCCCACUCUCCAUGGUAUUUCAAAGUACCUAUGGUGCUGAUUGCGGUUUCACUGACUCUUAGACUCUUUAAGCGACUUACGCGUCCUGGCUCCUUGGAUAGCUUGGAGGGACGAGGACUCAUCAAUGAGGAGCGGAACGUAUCCAACAGUGAUCCAUUCUACGACAAUGUGAUGAAAAAUGUUCGCACUGUGCAAAUUGAGGAGCUGAGCAAGGAGCAGAUUGAAGCGGCUCGUCUCCGACGACGCCGAGACAGGGAUGUGGGAAGUCUGGAUCUGGAGGAGGUUGAGUUGCCAGAAAACCAUCCAUUCGCUGUGAAGAAGAAGGUGAGCAAGGAUGAGGAGGAGCUGCAGAAUGCAAGGCUGAAAGUGACGCGCGGUCUGCCCCUGCAAGACCUGUCAGGCAGUCGCGGGUUCCCAGACUCCGAACCACAGCCUCAGCCACAGCCACAAAGAUCACGGCGCCAACAGCGGGACAAGUAGGAGGCCCACAGAAGAUAGCAAAACCCAUGCCAUUUGCUGCAGCCAACCUCUGUAGUCAAGCUCCGCUAGCCGCAGCUAAAAAUGCAUAACACAGAUACUGCAUGGGGCCGGCCUCAGAGACUUGUGGGACAGCCUCAUUGGACGCGAGCGAUCAUCAAUGAAUGAUAUAUUGCCCAAGCAUUUCUUAGAAUGCAGUUCUGCCUAGUUGAAGGUUGGCAGAGGUGAAUGCAACCGGCGAAUUCACCACUUGUGCACGCCUUGCAAGUAGAUGGCUUGUCAUAGGUUACUUUAUUUCAUGCUAUUUGGAUGACGCUGAUUCCCCUGAUUUGAGAGUUGGCUUUGGACAACUGACUCCUUGCGGCCUGCAGCUAGCUGGCUUGCAGUGCACUCCCAUUUCAUUUGAAGCAGCCCCUUUUGAGCACGAUGAUCCUUGCGGAAAAGCAGAGAAAAGGCUGACUCAUUU